CAAUUUAAAAUGGUGAAUUACUCUUACGAUGAAGAUCUUGAAGAACUUUGUCCAGUUUGUGGAGAUAAAGUGUCUGGGUACCACUAUGGGCUUCUCACCUGUGAAAGCUGCAAGGGUUUUUUUAAGCGAACAGUUCAAAAUAACAAAAGGUACACAUGUAUAGAAAAUCAGAACUGCCAAAUUGACAAAACACAGAGAAAACGGUGUCCUUACUGUCGAUUUCAAAAAUGUCUAAGUGUCGGAAUGAAAUUAGAAGCUGUAAGGGCCGACCGAAUGCGAGGGGGAAGAAAUAAGUUUGGACCAAUGUACAAAAGAGACAGGGCUCUGAAGCAACAGAAAAAAGCUCUUAUCCGAGCCAAUGGACUUAAACUGGAAGCCAUGACUCAGGUGAUCCAAGCAAUGCCCACUGAUCUGACAAUAUCCUCUGCGAUUCAGAACAUCCAUUCUGUUUCCAAAGGCCUACCUCUGAACCAUACUGCCUUGCCUCCUACAGACUAUGAUCGAAGUCCCUUUGUAACCUCUCCUAUUAGUAUGACCAUGCCACCCCAUGGAAGCCUGCAAGGUUACCAAACCUACGGCCACUUUCCAAGUCGAGCGAUCAAGUCUGAGUACCCCGAUCCUUACACUAGUUCUCCGGAGUCAAUAAUGGGUUACUCAUACAUGGACAGUUGUUACCAGACGAGCUCGCCGGCAAGUAUUCCACAUCUGAUCUUGGAACUUUUGAAGUGUGAGCCAGAUGAGCCACAAGUCCAAGCCAAAAUUAUGGCAUACUUGCAGCAAGAGCAAGCCAACAGAAGCAAACAUGAAAAGCUCAAUACGUUCGGGCUUAUGUGCAAAAUGGCAGACCAAACGCUCUUCUCCAUUGUUGAGUGGGCCAGAAGUAGCAUAUUCUUCAGAGAACUCAAGGUUGAUGACCAAAUGAAGCUGCUUCAGAACUGCUGGAGUGAACUCUUAAUUCUCGAUCACAUUUACCGACAAGUGGUACAUGGGAAGGAAGGCUCAAUCUUUCUGGUUACUGGGCAACAAGUGGAUUAUUCUGUAAUUGCAUCGCAAGCCGGAGCCACCCUCAACAACCUGAUGAGCCAUGCCCAGGAACUAGUGGCCAAGCUUCGUUCUCUGCAGUUUGAUCUACGCGAGUUUGUAUGUCUGAAAUUCUUGGUGCUCUUUAGUUUAGAUGUCAAAAACCUUGAGAACUUCCAGCUGGUGGAAGGAGUUCAAGAACAAGUGAAUGCUGCAUUGCUGGACUACACAAUGUGCAACUACCCACAACAGACGGACAAGUUUGGGCAGCUUCUCCUCCGGCUACCAGAAAUCCGGGCCAUCAGCAUGCAGGCUGAAGAAUACCUCUACUACAAACACCUGAAUGGGGACGUGCCAUGUAAUAACCUCCUCAUUGAAAUGCUGCAUGCAAAGAGAGCAUAAAUUCUUCCCCCACUCCCUUGCCCCCAAGAGCUUAUUUCUGCUUUUGAAAAAAAAAAAAGAUGAAAAAAAAAGGAAAGAAAUACUCUGAACUGCUCCAAGCAACACUAAUUAAAAACUUGGUUUUCAGACACUGAGAAAAUGGUAUAAUAAUCAAAUACUUAAUAGUAAAUAAGUGAUGUAUCAGGGUAUUUGUAUUGCAAACUGUGAAUCAAAUGCUACACAUCCCCAAAGGAAUAUAGGACACUACAAUAGAACUUAAUGAACUUUGCAGGUGGACACCAUCACCACAUUGGAUGGGAAAGGACAGAACAAUUCUUGUAUAUUUAAACUGAUCUCCACUAAAUGAAGAAAUCUAGGAACAAAUUGACCUGUGUAUUUAAGCUAUUAGAUUGGGGAGGGAUUUGCGUGCACUGAAUUCCUUCACCAGAUAGCUGGAAUAAAAACGAUUCUAGAGGAUGCCAGCUGAACCUUCUGGCAGCAUCCUUUUUUGCAUUAUCCUUCCAAGGACCCAACACCUACUCUCUUCUGUGAUCAUGGAUGUGUUCUCUAUGCAGGAACCUGUUUUAAAAAAAAAAGAAAGAAAGAAAGCAAAGACCUAUGGAAGGCCACACACACAAUAACCAUGCCACCAAAUCACAAAAAGCCUGCAUGUCAGGCCAGCAAACCGCUAGUACGAACAGUCUAAGAAUAAGUUAGCUUGCCAUUCUCAAUAUGUUCUAAAGUUUAUUUUGUCAUGUGUUCAUGUUGUUAAAAAAAAAAAAGGAGGCAGUAUCCCUCUUCUGGUCUAUGUCAGCAUGAUACAGGAAAACACGCUUUCACAUACUUUUCAACUGCUCCAAAGCUAAAGCUUUAAGGAGACCCAUUUCUGCUGCUGUAGCAGUGAUGUGGCAUCUGGACAUCACCAUGUGCUGGUGUCUGUAAAAUUUUCGUGCCAAAUGGCUUGUUAGAGAGCAUCGGUCUUUUCACCAUCAUGUUU